CUGGCUGCUCUCAGUUUUUUCUGUUUCUGUGAUACAUGUUUUUAGGUUACAUAUAUGUUUUAGGUUUUAGGUUACAAAGCAUUGUACUCAGAAUAGCGUAUGGGCUGGAUUUUAUAGCCCGCGAGCCACAACUGCACAUACAAACCAUUGUAACUAAGAUAAACAUAACACGUUUAAGUAACUUGUAUUUAUCAAAAUUGUAUUAAUUUUGUUUUGUUCAUUUCUUGUGGAAACUGGAGUUUCCGCUAAAAAAUUUUUCUUGGGAGAUUAACGGUUUUAAAGAUUGGUUGUACUUGAGACGUUACGAGCGGUGGUGCAAACUUUUGAUAUUUUUAUAUAUGUGUAUUGUUUAUUGUGAGAAAAAAAUAUGAUUGGAAUGAGAAUGAAUGCGUUUAACGAUACUGGUCUUGGAGAACCUGAACAAGACGCGAAUACAGCACUUAUAGAACUUGACAAAGGUUUACGAUCUACCAAGACUGGAGAACAAUGCGAAGCUAUAGUACGCUUUCCUAGAUUGUUUGAGAAGUACCCUUUCCCAAUUUUAAUAAAUUCCUCUCUGUUGAAAUUAGCUGAAGUAUUUCGUACUGGAAGCAACUUUCUAAGAGUAUGGGUUCUGAGAGUGUGUCAGCAGAGUGAGAAACAUCUGGAUAAGAUUUUAAAUGUAGAUGAAUUUGUAAGACGUAUUUACAGUGUAAUACAUUCAAACGAUCCAGUUGCUAGAGCUCUCACUCUUCGGACAUUAGGCAGUAUAGCGGGCAUUAUUCCUGAAAGACAACAAGUACAUCACAGCAUAAGAAGAUCUCUGGAUUCUCACGAUUCUGUUGAAGUAGAAGCUGCAAUAUAUGCUGCUCAAAUGUUUGCUGCACAGUCCAAGUUAUUUGCCGUAUCCAUGUGCAGCAAAAUUUCUGAUAUGAUUAAGGGCCAGGCUACACCCGCAUCAAUGAAAUUGCAACUCAUACCCAUUUUGCAAUAUAUGCAUCACGAUACUUAUACUGCAUCAAUGGUAAAUGAAUUAUGCAUGGAACUUCUUGCGAGUUAUCCUGCUGCUGAAUUCGUCAGAGUCACUCUGAGUGCACUGACGACACUGGCUACUGCGACAUUGAUACACGUCCCUCAACAAGUAUUGCUGUUGUUGUCCUAUUUGGAAGAUGAUCCAAGACUCUCUGUUAAGCGCCAUGCUUUACACCUUUUGCACGGAUUGGCAAGAAGCGGAGCGCAUCUUUGGCCACAGGGUGCUCUUAACAAAUUAAUUGAAAGUACUACAACACUUUUGCAAGAUGGUGCAGGAAGUAUUGAUCUACUUAUUCGUACUUUGGACGUAAUUGAGGUACUUAGUCAAAAUGCAGUGACAUGUGACGCAAAUACCGACGAGAACAGUCCCCUUCUGCAAUUGUGUUUAAACGCUUGCUAUUCUCCCGAUCUGUUUGUCGCGGUAAAAGCGAUUACUAUACUUUCCAGAAUUGCUUGCUACUGCUAUAAAGAAGGAUUACCUGUUUACGGUAUACAAGACGUGAUCGCCUGUCUGGAGUCUCUGAUCGUGUUGUUAGUUUUAGAUGACAAGCAUUUGCAUCAGUUGAAAGCGUGUUUACGUUCAACGGUGAAGCUUUGUCAGUCGCAACCCAGUCAUUGUGCUGUGUUCGUUGAUGUUAUCGGUUUCACACUCACAAAUACCAGUUUGGAGAACAGUCAAAACGAGAAGCAAACAAUCGUUUUGUGCGAGGCUUUAGGUGCUAUUGGUAGUUUGUGGGAAAAUACGUUGCUCCCACUUCUGCCAGAUAUUUUGGCAAAGCUUGAACAGACCUCACAUGUACAUACGAAGGUGAUGCUGUGUACAUUAUUAUUUCAAAUGGUGGCCGGAGGAUAUGAGUGGAAUUCAGAAUGUUUAGAAACAGUAGACAACGUCGUAAAAAACUUGGAUGGUUGGGCAAAAUAUCGCAUUGCACGUAGCGCCGCAAGAUACGGUCAUCACACAAUUGCUACUGAAAUAUUUAAAAGUCUGAAAGAAACUGUUGCGUCGGAACAGCUGCACUUUUGGCUAUCCGGUUUGGAAUUGGUUACAAAAGCGGAAUGUUGCCUCAUAAAUAAAACAGAGGGCGUAGAGAUACCGACCAAGGCAGAGAUCGUGGAAAAAUUGAACGCAGCAAUAGCGCAUUAUUCAAGCGCUUGUGCGUCCCUCAAAGCCGCAAGCACUCCGUUACGCAGUUUGCAGUUUCCUAGUGAAUACUCGAAAUUACGUUGUGAAUUUUUACAGACUCUGGUGCAGUUGUUGCACUCGUGCAUUUCUUUAUGUACCGCACCACCGCCCGCUAUAGCUGUUACAGUGGUUCAUACAACGAAAGAUGAUAUGCAGAGAUACGGACGUGUUACGCACCAGUUAAGAAAAUCAGCGCAAGAUUUGAAGAACUGUGCGGAAAAUUACCAGAAACUAUAUCAGUCAGCGUUCGACGCUGAUCCGGGAUCGUUAACGAAUAUUCGGGCACUACAAGAAAUAUGCCGAUUGCUGGCGAACAGCGUGGAACGAGUUUGCGGUGGACCCGCUAUCUCAAUGUAUCCGCAGCAGAAUGAUUCCGUAAAUUUUCACUUUGACGAUUCGGUAGAGAUGAGACAACUAGCUUUUUGUUGUUCAGAGCUGCGUCAUUUAGCACCAUCGAACAGUGAAGGCAAAGCUGGAAUAAGUCACGUGAGAGUUAGCUCUCUGAUCUCGCAAGUGACGCUGCUUGCCGACGGGACGAUGAGACUGCCAAUUCCACGGUACUUUUUUCAAACUCUGCAAACCACCAGCAUUAAGUUAUCGGUGUCACCACAACCGCGUGUUCUCGGUGAACCAGUGUCGGUGCCGCAAGGCAGUCAAUUGGCGCUCAAAGUUGAGGGAGUGCUACGACAUGGUCGACGAGCGUCUCUCUUCCGAUCUGUUGCUGCUGUGUGCAUUUCCAUAUCGACAACGCCGCCCUCGAAGAUCAAUUCUGAUCAGAAGGAUUCCAACAUAAAUGAAUUACAACAAACGGUAACGCCUCAUCGCGAUUUCUUCGCUUGCGAAUUUUUGCUCUCUCUAGGACUUCCCGGGCCCGCGAUUCCGCCAUGCAUGCCCGGUGCAAAUCCCGUUGCUUCUGCGAGUGGCGGUCAGUAUCAAAUAACGGCGAGCGCGAGUAUACUCGAUAAGGACGGCAAUGUGUGGAAAUGCGGUCCGCGAUCCACUCUUCCUGUCAGAGUACACGAGGAGCCGGGAAAGCGAAAGAUGCCUUAAUAAAAACAACGUGCCGAUAUAAUUGUGUAUUUUUAUAUCGCAUUCAAAUAAAUUCUUAGAGUUAAUGUGUAUAUACGGAUAUACACAGGAUUACAUUUUAUAUAUGAAUCUUGAUGUUAAUCCAUUUUUAAAAACAACUAUGUUAUUUAAAGUGUCAUAAUAGACAAGUAUCUAUUAUCAUCAAGAUAAUAUAAUUACACUAUUACCGUGAUACACACAAGCAUAAUAAAAAGCAUUAUUUUAAAAAGAAA